AUGUGAUCGAUCGAUGCGGAGAAGAAGAGGACGUACUUUUACAUGUUAGUCCAUUCAAAGUUGUUAUUUUCAUAGUAUCCGACCGUUGGAGUCGACCAAAUUACAAACACCUGGUGUGCGCCUCCUCCUCCUCCCUUAGUGCGUGCGUUGUGAGCGAGCACCAACGAGAGGAUCCACUCCACGGUGAAAAGGGCGACGACCCAAUUCGCUUCUCCACCCCUUCUUCCGCAAAGUCGUCGCCUUUCCGGGGGGCGGGGGCGGUGAGGGUUCGAUCCAUGGCGCGUCACAGGGCGGCGGCGCGCGGCGACGAGGCUGCGACGUCGCAGAGGCUGGUGGAGGCGGCGCUGAGAGGGGACGCGCGGGCGGUGGAGGAGUGCCUCGGCGGCGCCGGAGCGGCGGCGGCGGCGGCGGCGGAUGUGAACGAGGUGGGUGCGGUGGUGCUGAGUGUGCGGUGCGUGGAGAUCGCGAUGCGCGAGGAGGCGGCGGACGAGGUAGAGAUCGAGCGCCGGGAGCUCAAGAGCGACGUCACCGCCUUGUUCGCCGCCGCGCACUCCGGCCACAUCGACGUGGUGCGAAGGCUCCUGAAAGCUGGAGCUGAUGUCAAUCAGAAGCUGUUUCGGGGCUAUGCUGCGACCGCUGCUGCACGCGAAGGCCACUGCGACAUCCUUGAAGUGCUUCUGAAAGCUGGAGCUUCUCAACCAGCUUGUGAAGAUGCUUUGCUCGAAGCUAGUCUUUUUGGCGAGGCUGAAGCAGUUCAACUAUUAAUUAGCUCAGAGAUGGUGAGGCUCGAUUCAGCUGCCCAUGCUAUUGUGACAGCUUCUUCUAGAGGCUUUGUUGAUGUAGUGGCCGCACUAAUCAAGAACGGGGUGGACAUUAAUUGUGUGGAUAGGGUCCUCUUGCAGUCAAUUAAGCCUGCACUGCAUGCAAAUGUGGAUUGCACGCCUCUUGUAGCUGCGAUCGUGAGCCGACAAGUUUCUACUGUGAAAUUCUUACUAGAGGCUGGUGCGAGGACGGACUGUCUAGCUCGGCUCGGGGCGUGGUCGUGGGACCCGAUUACCGGCGAGGAGCUCAGAGUUGGCGCCUGCUUGGGCGAGCCCUACACUGCGGAAUGGUGCACGGUCGAGUACUUUGAAUCUAGCGGCGAAAUCCUUCGUCUUCUUCUUCGGCAUGAACCACACUUACUUGAAAACCCGCAUCUUGGCCGCACCCUUCUCUGCCACGCCAUCCUUUGCCGGAACCCUAAUGCAGUAAGCGCUCUCCUCAAAGCCGGUGCAAACUCCAAGUUCCCAAUAAGAACCAAAAAUAGGUAUGAAUCCCGACCCAUUCACUUGGCGGCGAGACUGGGCUGUGCUGACAUACUGAGGCAAUUAAUAUCACAUGGAACGGAUAUCAAUGCAAAGACAUCAAACGGUGAGACUCCUCUAAUGAUCUCUGCAAAGGCCGGUAGUGCCGAUUGUUUUCUCGAGCUUAUUAUAGCUGGGGCCGACUUAGGGCUUGUGAGUGAUUCAGGUGAAACAGCAGUGCAGGUUGCAAAAACAAGUGCUUUUUCGUCGUCCCUCAUAGACAUCAUGACGAAAGCUUUGAAUGCAGGGGUGAAUUUGAACUCAUCAAAUAUUCAUGCCUUCUCUCCAUUACAUUUUAUCACUGAAAGUGGUUCCACCGAGCCUCUUCAGAUGAUUCUCCAUUCCUCAACUGCAGAUAUAAACAAGCCGGAUAGUUCCGGAUUUACUCCCCUCAUGGUCGCGGCGAAGGCCAGAAAAACAGAAGUAUUCCGGCUUUUAGUAAUGGCUGGAGCAGAUAUUUCGGUAAAGAAUUCCGAAAAUAAGACUUUAAUGUCCAUGCUUCAGAACGAAGAUCCUGUAAUGAGGGAUUCUUUUGAACAGAUUUUGCUCAAAGCGACACUAGCCGACAUUAUAACUGAUCGAAUGAUAUUUCGAGCUCUUCAUUAUGCGGCUCAAAAGGGCGACACAUCAUCAAUAGUUCAACUCUUAAAGAUGGGAUGGAAAGUUGAUUCUUUUGAUGAAAACGGUUAUUCACCUCUAAUGCUCGCGGCCAUGGAGGGAAAGUCGGAGGCGUGCCAGGUUUUAAUACUACAAGGAGGGGCCGACUGCGGGCUUACCAAUGCUAGAAACGAGACGGCUUUAACAUUGGCGAGGAUAAGCCCUAAAUCAAACAAGGCGACCGAGGGUUUGAUACUCGAUCAAUUAGCUCGAGUUUGUGUGACCGAAGGGGAGGAGCUCAUCAAGCACACAAGGGAGGGGCGGGGCACGCCACAUUUGAAGAACGUCCGGAUGCUAAACUCCGGGGUUUUGACGUGGGGGAAGAGCGAGAGAAGGAAUGUGGUGUGUAAGGAGGCGACGGCGGGGCCGAGUUUGAAUUUUUCGAAGAAUAGGAGGAAUGACGAUAAAGACGGUGAGGCGGCGGUCUUUCGGGUGGUGACGGUGGGGGGGCGAGAGGUCCAUUUCGAGGCUAGAAGUGGCCCUAGUGUGGAAUUAUGGGUUCGCGGCAUCAAUCUCAUUGCAAAGGAAAGUGCUUCUUCAGGGGAUUGAGGGGGAAAUCACUAGUGAACUAGAAUGUUUGGAUGAAGUAUAUUUAGGUGUUCAAUGUUGUUAAUGUUUAUUUUUUUCUUCUUCCUUCUUCUUUAUCAGGCCAUAGGAAUGCUUAAAGUAAUGAGAAUGUAUAGUGUGACAAUAUUGUA